CACCAAAACUAUUAAAACUAUGCGGUUAAGUAAUGUAAUAAAGAAUGGAAAAACGUUACUUAUGUACAUUAUGUAUCGUUUGAUUAGAUUGGGUCCUUUAUACUUCCUUGUCAUCUGCUUUGCCGAUGCUGGAUCGCUUCUGAGGGACGAUACAUCGGUUUUCCACUUUAGCCAUCGUAUAUACGCUAAUUGCGAGUUAUAUUGGUGGCGCAGUGCACUCUUCAUACAAAAUUUCUUUAACCACGAUGAUAUGUGCUUGUUUUGGACAUGGUCAUCAGCUUGUGAUAUGCAAUUUUAUAUAUUUAGUACAAUUCUACUUUUUAUCUACGUGAAGUAAACACAUCCAAAACGGCCAAAAGCUCUCACUCUCGGCACUGUAGUGGCCAAUUUGGUCUAUACAAUCUAUACCGGCAUCACAAUGAAUUAUAAGUAUUCCUUUGAGACCACAUCGGUGUUAUUCACGGAGCUCUAUAUGAAUCCACUAUCACGUGUUCUGGCCUACUUAAUUGGCGGGGUGGCUGGCUGGUUUUUCGUACAAAACCAACAGAAGCAACUCUACGCGAAUUUCUUUCAAAAUCAGUCUUUGCAAGAGUUUCUCGGCUAUUCGGCGAUCAUUUGCUUUUUUACUAACAAUGUCGCCAAAAUCUCAGAAGGUUACUCAGUGGGUUUCUAUGUGGUAUUGUUGAUCGUUCAACGUGUGUUAUAUGCGUCAAGUAUAUGUUUUCUGAUAUUCGCAAAUGCAGCGGGUAGUGUAAAGUGGUUCUUUGGCAUAUUGGAGAAUACACUAUUCAAGAAAUUCAAUCAAAUAACAUAUGCUAUGUUCCUCCUACAUCCAGUACUCAUGAUCCCGCUGAUAAGCUCGAAUAAUAAAAGUCGCUAUAGCAGUUCAUAUAAUUUAGUAAUGGAAUACAUUAGUAUUUGCGCGUUACUGUUCUUCUUCUCCACAAUUUUCUCAUUAUUCUUCGAAGUACCCUAUAAGAAUAUUUCCAAAAUGUUGGUCCAGCGCAUUAAACCCAAGACGAACUAAGCACAGUUUACUAGUGUGAGCUUCGAUGGAAUUAAAUCUAAGAACGCAGUGGCUUUUAUUGUAACAAUGAAAGCAUGUUGGCAUGCAAAAAUUAUAUAACGAUAUAUUUAAUAUCUAUAUAGCGAUAUAUUUAAGAUGAAUUAUAAUAAACGUAUCACUUUAUCGUUGUUUUAGCAUCUUACAAUAAACAAUAUAGAUAUACCAUAAUGACAUAUUGGGUGUUUUGUUUUAAAUGUAUAGAAUUUUCUAGAGAGAUGGCUGUCAAACUAGUAAGAUAUCUAAAUAAAAGUAGCCAUACC